AUGUGGUCCUUCAUUAAAGUAUAUGCAAGUAAUGUCAAUCUCCCUUGGUGCUUUUUGGGUGACUUCAAUGCCCUGCUGCAUAGUCAUGAAAAGCGUGGAGGGGCGAUUAACAACCACCAGAAUGCUUGCAAGGAUUUUCAAGAAUGUGUCUCGACGAGUGGCUUAAUUGACCUGGGCUACUCUGGAUGGCCAUUCACUUGGAAAAGAGGUAAUCUUGCGGAAAGGUUGGACAGGGGGCUGUGCAAUGUGGAAUGGAAAAUUGCCUUCCCUGAGGCUUAUGUUAAACACUUACCCAUGCUUAAAUCCGAUCACUCCCUGAUUUGUUUACAACUCUCCAACGCUAUGGCUCAGAAUAGAGGCAGAAGGCCUUUCCAUUUUCUUGCAGCCUGGAUAACCCAUCCUGACUUCAGAAAUUUCGUUGAUGCUUCUUGGAAUGUUCAUGUGUCCUAG